UUUUAAGGUUAUUUUUAUCAUACUCCUUGCUGGAAAUAAAUUUUCAUUGCAUUUCAAUUCAAGCUGUUUGUGAAUAAACAAAUCCCUUCUCUGAGUUGUAUCAAAAAUUUAAAAAAAUGGGACUAAAGUCAAAACCGGACUUUAAGUUUCCUAUGCACGAUACGCAUCUGCAUAAAUCGUUGCGUAACUUGAAAGUGGCCUGUGUCCUGGCACUGAUUGCACCAGUUUGUCUCUACGUUUGCCAUAAUGCACCACGCAAGGCCAAGUACAAGACCUUCUAUUCCCAAUAUGAUCCGAUGGAUGCCUUUGAGCGCAUGAUGAAUGGUGGCUAUCUCAGCUCCUGUCCACCGGGUAGUGGUGGCAAGAAGUAAAAGAAGAGUAAAUUACACAACUAAAUUCUAAGAAAAUCUACGUACACUAUUUAGAUAUGGUUUUAAGCUUUUGAUUCUAAGAAAUUGUACACCCUAAUAGACCUAAACACAAACUAUUAGUACACUUUAAUUACAAGAACACUAAAUAAACUGUGAGAGCAUUGUAAACAGA